CAGCCCUGUCCUAAAGAGGACAGACUUUACUUCCUGUUUGGUGAAACUCCACCCAUGUAAUCAGCAGUCUUCCAAUGUUUCCUCUUCUGGGAAAGUAUAAGUUUCAUUUCUCUCGGAUCAGAUUCGACAGCUGAAGUCAGGAAUGCUGCUUAACCUCCAUAUCUAAAGUUUCAAUUCUCAGAUGCUACAGCUGAAGUCACAGUGCCACUGAAUCUCCAUCUCUAAAGGAUUUAUUGCAGAUUGCCCCAAAGUGUUUGAUUGGGAACUCAAUAAGAAUGGGGACUCAUCCUGAAAGUGUACCUUAUUUGAAUGAGAAUGGGGCAACAUCCCUUGUCCCAGAAGAGAAGAAGGCAGGUUACACUCAAUGUAACCCCCAUCCUUUCGACAAAGAAGAAGCAGAGUUUUACUACGUAAAAGGACAUGUCCUUCCAGUAGAAUCUGGUAGUAAAAACUUAAUUAUUCCAUGCCAUGAAUUUAAAUCUUUCCAAUCUGCUGCCCAGAGAAAUGACUUUGAACAGGAAGUAAAAUUUGCAAAGGAAGUUAUAAAGUUCGCUGCAGCUUGCAUGAACUGCAGAACCAACGGGACAAUUCACUUUGGAGUUGAGGAUGGUGGGGCAUAUAAACACGGCGAGAUACUGGGUGUUCCUGUGCCAAAACGAGAACUUUUUGUUAAGGCACGAGACAAGUACAUCAAGAAAUGCUUUUUCCAAAAGCAUCACCCCCAUGCCGAACAUUCCAUUCGUCCGCCAAGAUUUGUUGAGGUCAUUGGUGAAGAUUCUGGAGAGCAACACUUUGUUAUUGAAGUUGAUGUUGUUCCAUCGUUAUCAUGGGUAAAAGAUAAAUUCUUCCCAGUGAAGAUUCCAGAUUUACACAAAUCUACAAAUAACCAAAUAGAAUAUUCCCAUCGAUCCUGCUAUACAAGAGAAGGGGCAGCUUCUGAAAAAAUCCACAAAAUGCCCGAGUAUUUCCGGGACUGGGAUUUUGCCAGAGAAAAAGCAGAGCGUGAAGAAGAGCUCUUCAGAGAUGAUGUGUACAGGAAACUGUCUGAACUGUUUACAAGUAUCAAGAAACACAUGAACAGUAAAAUAAAGUACAUUCUAGUCAUUGACAGUUGUGAGAACAAUUUGGAGAAUCUUGGCUUUUUGUUAAAAAUGAAUUUUUUUUGUAUUUUUGAUUUUGACCCCAAUUCCAGUACACGAGGUUUAUUCAGUCUGCAGUCCAAAGCCAAACCUUAUUCCUUGGAAGAGUGCAUCACCGAAACAGGUUCAUUGACCGAUGAAAUAAAGACAAAUUCCUUUCAUCAAACCAGCUGGAUAUUUUGCAACAGGCAAAACAGUAAUGGGCAGCACAACACUUUCAAUACUACGUCCUGCAGGGAGAUGAGAAUGGAGCAUCUAGCAAACGUUGUAUCACAGAUCUGCGGUGCAGUCCUUCCACCAGGAUCAUUUGAAGUGCUUUUUCUUCUGCUCUCACAAGCAAAUCAGACACUAGCAGAGACAUUUCAUGAGUUCUACACUAGAAUGAAUGGCAGGAAUAUAAGAUGCAUUGUGGAAGACAGGGAAAAUUACAAACGAUGGAAAGAAGUUUUAGAUCCUGAAAAUAUUAGGAACAUCCACAACCUGAGUAUAGUGGGAACAAAGAUUAGCCAUUUAGACAAUAUGAUUCAGAUCAUUCAGUCUUCCUGGCCAACUGUUAAGCAGUUGCUUAAUGACGACACUAAUUAUGAAGACCUGCUGCCUUAUCUUGAAGUGCUGAGGUCAACUGACUGCAGUUGGGAGGAUGUUGACCCAGACGAUGAGGAAUGGCAGAAAGAAAUCAGAGAUAAGGAAAUGCGCUUUUACAAAGGUGGCAAAGUCAACUGGAUGAACUUCUGGUUUGCUGAUAAUAAAUACUGUGGGGAAAUUAUAAAAAGAGACGCAUAUGAAAAAGUGGAAUCUCAUCUGAAUUCUUUGCUAGAGACAGCAACUUCAGCAGAGUCAGUGACCAUCGUGACGAUAAGCCACAUGCCUGGCAGUGGAGGAAGUACUGUGGCUCGUCACAUCCUCUGGGACUUCAGGAAGAGAGUUCGGUGUGCAACAGUUAACAUAAUACACCCUGCAAAAACUGUCUGUGAGCACGCUGUUAAACUACAGAAGAAUGAAGGGGAUAGGGAGCAGUUACCAGUGCUCCUACUCGUUGAAGACUGUGAUGAUGAGUACAUUGAAGAACUGAAGAUCAAUCUGACACGAGCAGUUAUUGAUUAUUCUUCAAAACCAAGCUUCAUUCUGCUACACUGCAAGAGAUAUAAAUCUGCAGAAGCACUGAACGAUAGACCUGCAACUGCGAAGGUUCAUUACGUGUUAUCAGAGAACGAAAAGAUGCAGUUCGGGAAAAAACUGGACGCCCUCAAAGAGCUGUAUGAAGAAAAUUCAAUUCUCACAUUUGCUCUAAUGACCAAGGAAUUCAAUCGAGAAUACCUUACCAAAUGUGUGAAUGAACUUCUGGGAAGUAUUGGUCAGACAUCCUGUGGUCUUCAGUUAAUUCGUUGCAUUGCAUUGCUAAAUUAUUACGUCGGGGAUUCAUACAUGACUGUGUCUCAGUGUGAGGCAUUCAUAAAUCGAUGUGUACAAGGAAAAUGUGAACAGCACGUUACUUUUCAGAGCAUGUUGAAUGGAACGGCAGCCUGUUUAUUUGAAGAAGUGACAGAAAUCUCUAGUGUUCGAAUAGUGCACUGUAAAGUCGCAGAAGAAAUACUGAAUCCGAUGAGGUGCUCUCAAUCUCAGAGUAGCACUGCUGCCAGACUCCUCGAGGAAAGUACUUUUACCAAGCAUUAUGCUGCCAUAAAAGUUGAUGGAUUCAUCAGGCAUUUGUUUGUUCAAAGAAAGGAUCACAUGGAAAGAGCCAAACUGUCUUUCUCUUCCUUCAUUACACACGUAUCACAAAAUGAGAGUAAAAUGGCCGCUAUAGAGAUUCUGAUCAAAGCCUGUAAGUGUUUUAAUGAGGAUGCAUUCGUGAUUCAGCAACUUGUUAGGUUCUUGUGCAAAGAGAAGAAGUUUGAACAGGCUGAGAACUGGGUGGAAAGGGCUAGGAGUUUGGCACCAUCCAAUUCUUAUAUUUUACACACUGAGGGGGAAAUGUAUAACAAAUGGCUUCGCUCAGAGUUCAGUAUACCAUACCUAACUAAACAAAACAGACCUCCAUGCGUAUUUUCAAAGGCAAUAAAGAUGGGAUUGAAGGCAAUUGAUGCUUUUCAGAAUUCCCAGGAAGCAUCCAAGUUAGAGAAUGAAUGGAAUAAUGCAGGCUGCUUCGGUGAGAUAGAUGUAGGGUGUUAUAUUGUGAAUUUUAUGUCUGAGCUGGACAUAUUUAAAUACAGAAAUGGGUGCUACAUGAACCUGGUGAAGUAUUUACUGACAGAUUGGAUCCCAGAAGGAAUGGAUGACACAUUGGGUGGGUUACAUGAAAAAUUAAAGAUGUUGCAUGAUAACAUUUGGAAAACAAUGGAAUCAAUUUAUGAAUAUAUAGCCUAUUUCCAUCCUGACCGACCAGCUGAAGAAAGGCUUCCUGAAGAGAAAUACUUUGAGAAAUUAAUUAAGAAUGAAAAACAAUUCUCAUCAUUCUUCACAAACAUAAAUGACAAUUUGCUGAGACAAGAAAAUAUGGAACAUUUGCUGCCCAAGUUAAAAAACCACAACAUUCAUUUCUUGGGUGGUGGCAGAUUCAUGAAUAUUUUUUCCCUAGAUUCUACAAAUUGUUUACAAAUAAUAGAAUUGUGUACCAAUCGACAGGCAGAUUGUAACAAAAGUGAACUAGAAAAUUAUGUUUUAUCACAUAUUGCACUGGCUGUCAAAAAGCAUCCAGCAGCUAUUUCUAAAGCAGAACUUUGCGAAUUGUGUGAAAUGUGUGCUUCAGAUGAGUCUCCCAUUCCAUACUUCAUACAGGUGUUAUUGUACUGGCCAGAAACCAACGCUGAGAGUGCCGGUGGAGACGAAGAGUGUUUAAUUGAUGCAUUAACCUCCAUGAACAGACUGUACAAGAACAAAAUAAAGGAUUCGCCAACUAGGAAAAUGUCCACCUACCCUCACUUUUUCCUUGGACCUGGAAAUGGCUUUCAGAGGUUUAUCCACAACAGACGGAGGGAACGUAAUGAUGGGGUGUAUGCAUGGAAACGACUUCGUGUCAAGCUACAACGCAUCGAGGGCUACAUUGAAAACCAAAAACUUUACAUUCAAGGCCAUUCUGGUGAAAGUAAUAUUCCUGUCCAUUGUGGUCCCAAAUAUGUGAUACCAUCCGAGAGAAAAAGAGUUUUAUUCUAUUUGGGAUUUACAUUGCGGGGCUGUGUUGCCUACGAUAUUCAGAAAGUGUCUGAAGAUCAUUAGACCAGCAAUCAGAGUUUUGGAUCACUGAUCUAUUGACAUGAGUUCAAAUCUCACCACGGCAGAUGGGGAUUUAAUUUUAAUGAUUAAAUAAAGCUAUAAUGUUUUAAAAAUAAAACUACCUUCAGACCAGUAGCCACUAAAUUACAAUCUAAGUCAGUAAUUUUCUUUAUGGAAUGAAAUCUGCUGAUCUUACCCGGUCUGAGCUCCAUGUGAUGUCGCUGACUCUUAGCUGGAAAACAAAUACUGUUGUUCCUUGCAGAUGAAUAAAGCAAAUAAUAUUUUGGGGUUUCACGAAGAGUUCAUCCUGAUGUGGACACCGAGGGUCAAAUAUACAAUGUAAUAAAGGGAGCCAUGUAAGGUCAUUGAAACUACUGUCAGGAUGUGACACAUUAUCCCUCUGGAUUUAGAUUAUAAUCCUUGUAAAAUUUUCACAAUGCCUUUGUGAACAACAGGACCUAAAAUUAAAAACAGAGAAUUGCUCCUGGUUUAACCUAAUAAAUGUGGCUGGUACUGUAGGAACCAUGUAUCUAUUUUCUGCAUCUCUGUAUUGUAUCUUGCGUUGCACAUAUUAUUAUGGGUUAUAGUCAUUUGUCACUUUUUGUGCUGUUAGUUUAGUUUAGGUAGAGACUGAGUAGGGGUUGGAUUUUUUUGUUGACCACUAAUUCCACAAACUUUGUUAGUAUUGUUGAUUUUGCUAUCACUAUUGCUAUUUUUGAUUGUUUGUCUUUACUGGUUUCAUAAUAAAGGAUCAAAUGUACUUUAUUUUGACUUGGAACUCAAAUAUCUGGAAGCGCGUCAUACAUGUCAAUUCCCUCACUUGGUCUCUCAGUGGUUUUAGUUCAUUUCUUUCAAGUAGUCGCUACAGGUAGUAAUCUAUAUUAACAAAUCAUAGAUAGGUGAUAUGGGGCUGGAUGGAGUGUAGUAAAUGUAUGACAAAAAUUUCAUUGCAAAACUGAUAAGCAUGAGCAAUAACUCUUCGAAUUUUAUCUCUGAAAUCCUAUCUACAAAUUAGACUGCUGAUUGUGGAAAAAAUUCUGUAACCCUGAAGUCUUUAUGAAUUUGUAACUUUUGUAACAUGUAAUGUGUGCAAAAUGGAAUCUGUGUGAUCCCAGAGUGCUUUACUAGUUUCCUGGUUUGGAUGGAGGCUUACAAGAAGUCUGUGUGUGUUUUAUAUCAAGAUGUAUGUUUAUGGCAGGAGUGUUUUGACAACAGAGGGAAAACAGCUGGUAUGGAGGAAGAAGCCUCUAAAGACAAAUGGACUGAUUGAAGAGUAGAUCCUAGGAACCAGAGACAGAUGCAGAUAACAAAGGAACAUUAUGGGAUGGAAUAACUUAAUUAUUGAUCUCUGUAAAAGUAUAAAAGUGGUUUGUUUUGAGCUGUCAUAUUGAAGCUACCUACCAACUUAACGUAAGGAGGUAGACUUUCCUUGCAAGUAAAUAAAACACGCCUAUAAUUUAAUCAACUCUGAAUUUGUGGUAGUUUGUUACUGUAUGUUAGAAGACCGAGCUGAAUGUUACCUGAUGUGAAAAAACAAAAUAACGUGAUUUUGUUUACUAAUUGCUUAACAGCAUUUUUAAAAGAAGAGUUUUAUCAUUACUUGUAGACUUGGAGUUGGGGAAUUCCCCUUUACAAUUUUGUACUUCUGUAGGAAUUUAUUGGUUUCCAAAAUGUAUUCUUUUUCAGAUUAGUUUAUAGUAGGUUGAUUUAUUAAUGUCAUGUUUAUUCUGAAUUUUAUUCUAACUAACCUAAUGUAAUCUGAAUAACAAAGUGAUUUAAUAUUUUUGUUGUAAUUUGUGCGUAUGGCUCACAGCUCUGUAACCUAUCUGUAUACUGCGACUACAUUGUCAGAUAAGGAGCUUGGGAUACUUCAUA